AUGACCCAUCUCGUCCUUGACCAGGCUCUCCUUUCGUCGCUGAACGACAAAGUCGUCGUUAUAACCGGAGGCGCGACGGGAAUCGGUCGCUCGGCCGUGACUCUCUUCCACCAGAAUGGCGCGAAGGUCGUUUUCGGUGACAUCGCGGACGAACCCGCCCAAGAAGUCCUUUCCUCCCUCGGGCAAGAACGCAUCCACUUCGUCCCUAGCGACACAACCUCCUAUGCCUCGCAACUGAACCUGUUCCGCACCGCCCACUCCCUGUACGGUCGCAUCGACAUCGUGGCUGCCGUCGCAGGCGUGGCGAACCCAAAGUCCAUUUUUGACCCGGAAGCCGAUAUCAACGAGGAGCCGUCGAUGCUAGAAAUCAACGUCAACACGAUCGGAUCGCUGUACACGGCCCGGAUCGCGAUGCACUACCUACGUCAGAAUAAGGAUGGUGGAGAUAUUGUUCUCAUGAGCAGUAUUAUUGGGUUCAAGGAGACGCAAGAUCUCGUUCCUUAUACGACGAGCAAACACGGUGUCGUGGGCAUUAUGCGCGGGCUGCAUUUGCAGGCUCAUAAGGAGGGCAUCCGUGUUAAUGUUGUCUGUCCAUGGGUGACGAGAACACGGAUGAUUGUUGGAAUGCAAAAAGGAUGGAUCGAGAAUGGCUUCCCUGUGAACGAGUCCGAAGACGUCGCGCGCCAGAUUGUAAUCUGCGCCACAGCGAACAGAGGUGCCAACGGGGCUACACACACCGGUGCAAAGCUGCCCUUUUCCGGCAAAAUGAUCUAUGUUUCGGGCGGCGAGGGGUACGAGAUUGAGGAUGAACACAAGGCGCUGGAGCCGCAGUGGCUGGGCGAGGAGAACAGUCGCGUCCUUGCCCGGGGUCAGGAGUUUAUGGCCAGACCUGAAUUCAGCUGGGAUCCAGACAGGAGCAGUUGA